AUGCAGAGGGUCCAAGUUCUGCAUUCUGUACAGGUGCCACCGCUUCAGAAUGCCAGGCAGAUUAACAAUGCUGCAUACUGGCCACCCGUGCAGACGAUCGGAGCCAAAAAGACUCCUCGAUCUCGAUCUCCACCGGAAGAUGUGAAGCUUUCGGAUUUCGAGAUGCUGGACGGGCAAGGAGGCCGCUCGCUGGGCAAGGGCUCCUUCGGUGUCGUGCGACGCAUUCGGCGCAAGGGAACUGAUGAUGUCUAUGCGCUCAAGACGAUGCAGAAAGCAGAGGUAGUCAACGGUCAGCUGGUGGAGCAGGUGGAAAGGGAGAUCCAGGUCCAGCGGACUUUAAAACAUGAGAACGUGCUGCGACUCUACAAGCACUUCGAGGACGAAGACACGGUCUAUUUACUCCUCGAGUACUGCGCGAAAGGGGAGCUGUAUCAGCUUCUCCGGACGCAAAAGGGACGCAAGUUCAGCGAGCAGAUGUCCAAGCAUUUUUUCGUCCAGUUGGUCCGCGGGCUGAAGUACCUCCACUCGCACCAAAUCGUGCACAGAGACUUGAAGCCGGAGAACUUGCUGGUCACGCACGACGACGUGCUGAAAAUUGGAGACUUCGGAUGGUGCGCUGCCACGAACGUGCUCCGAACCACGUUUUGUGGCACCAUGGACUACUUGGCGCCAGAGAUGAUCCAGGGAAGUGGGCACAACCACACCCUCGACAUCUGGAGCGUCGGCAUCCUGCUGUACGAAAUGAUGGUUGGGCGUCCGCCGUUUCAAAGCACCAACCACACGAUGCUGAUCGACAGGAUCCUGAAGAUUGCCAUCUUCUUUCCUCCUGGCUUGCCUCCGCUGGUGGUGGACCUCGUGCGGCGUCUGCUGAAGCGGGACCCGGCACAGCGCCUGCCACUGGAACAGGUUCUAAGGCAUCCCUGGGUCGUCGGCACCGGCGAGGCUGCCACACCGCCUUCCGAUGCACCGGUCUCCAACAAGCAGCUGCCUUCCCAACCCGGCACCCCGCCUUCGAGCGGCACAGGGGCGACGAGCAAGCACUUGCCGCUGCAGAAGAAUGGCCGCGUUCCUUCGUGCGAGAAGGUGCGAAACAUGGCCUCUCCGCGCCACCGAGCAUCAGGAGAAGCGCAGACGAACGAAAGAUCUGCUGCCUCCACGCCUGUGUCAUCUGCCGCAGCACCGGUGCAGCCACAGGGCUCGCCCGUGCUGUCCACGCCCAAGAUGCCUCACCGGUCCGAACAGGCUGUGCGCAAGCCUGCGUGGCCGACGCAAGCAAGUGGCUACCAGGCGCACCGACCUCUCGCCAGCCCCACUGGAACGCCAGUUCUCACACGUCGAGGAGUUGCUCCGGUUUCGGGGUAUCCCGGCAAUAGCUUUGCCGCCACAAGGGCAGCGGGCCAGAACCUCUCGCCAGCAGCCCCGGCCCGUGCUGUUGGAGGUGAAGCAUCCACAAGGCAGUCUCGACGUCAAAGCCCUGAUGCCCGUACGAAUGGGUCUCAGACAACCUCCACGUCGGUGCCACCACCUGACACCAGGAACGGGCACGUUGAGCUCAGCAGGACAAUGACUUACAAGGUCCCAUCCCCACCCACCGCCAGCAACAAGCAGCUUACGGCCUCGGUUCGACCCGUGUAUUCCAGCCGUCCCGUACGAGCAACGGGCUCGCCACAAAUUGGCUCACCGAUGGUCGCACGCAGUCUCAGCCCCGUGAGCCAAAGUGUCCGGGCAAUCGCUGGUCAAGGAGCUCCAGGAGUCGCGACCGUCCAAAGCAUCGCCAGUGUAUUGCGUCCCUGCCCUGUCCGCAUGGCGGGUACGGCAGUGCGCGCAAUUUGA